AUGGCGGGACGCGUCCCCCUUGGCUCGGGGGCUAAUCAAAACCGAGUGUUCAUUGAUUUAACGGAUGAGACUGAACCAAACGAUUCAGAGGAGCCAAAGAAAUUGGUUCAGGGCAAGCUUCCAUUUCUGGCAGCUUUGGCCUAUCGGUCACCAACGGUGCCACUGAAAAGGAAAAGCUUGGAAAUAUCUGAGGAUGUCUCCGAUUCGUCAAGUGAUGCUCACAGUGCACAGCGUCCGCGCCUCUCACAUGCACACCCUGACCUAUCUACACCUAGUCCCGCGCCAAGUCUAAGGCCUUCUCAGAUUAGCGUUGUCAUCCCAUCGCCGACGUCAAAGCAAAAGCGUGAUAUUGCAAUUGCGCAAUGCAUCUCCAAUGUGAAUGGACUGGAUGCUAACAUCUUUCCUACAACCGACGAAGAGGAAAGAGUCAAUCGAGCCACAUAUCCUACUACUAAGGCUCGAGUUGACCGUCGUGCUGUGCCAUUAUCAUUCGCCUCCACCUCCAUUCUCAACUUGCCAUCACCUACAAACACAAACCACCUUGCAAAGCUCCGUCACACUCUCGACGAGAAGCUAAAGCGUAUCACCGGGCCUACGGUCAUUCCGACUGUUGAUUCCCCAAAGCGUCUUGCUAAACUAGCUGAUAACUUUGAGUUCGUCAACAGUUAUCAGUACCGUGAGGGCGUUGAACGGAUUCCCGAUGAGUCUGAUUUCAAUAUCGGAUGUGCAUGCACUGCUGCUGACGGCUGCGACCGCUUCACAUGUGAUUGCUUGAGUAAGGAAGAAGAUUCCGAGGAUCGGAUCGUGCCUUACGAGAUCUGUGAGACCAAUCAUAAGUUGAUCGUCGCAACUAAGAGCUUCCUCAAGCGCAAGGCGAUAAUAUACGAAUGCAACUCCCGUUGUGGCUGCGGUGGGAAAAGAUGCUGGAACCAUGUGGUUCAAAAAGGGAGGGUUGUCAGACUGGAAAUCUUUGAUACUGGGCCCCGUGGCUUCGGCCUUCGAUCCCCCGACUUGAUUCACCGGGGCCAAUUCAUCGACCUCUACCUCGGUGAGGUGAUUACUAAAGCUGAAGCCGAUGAGCGUGAAAACCUGACCGAUGGUUCGCAUACUCAAUCCUAUCUUUUCUCCUUGGAUUGGUAUGUUAAGGAUGACGAUGAUGAAGAACAAAACAUGAAAGUCAUCGACGGUCGCAAAUUCGGUUCUGCGACUCGCUUUAUGAAUCACUCUUGCAAUCCUAACUGCAAGAUCGUCCCUGUCUGCACCACCAACCAUGCCGAUGAGUACCUCUAUAACCUCGCCUUCUUUGCUUACCGGGAUAUUCUCCCUGGCACCGAACUAACGUUCGAUUAUAACCAGGGUGAGGAGAACAACACUCCUCAGAAGAUCGACCCUGAGGCCGUACAGUGCCUGUGCGGUGAAGCAAAGUGCCGUGGACAACUAUGGCCGAAUAAGCGUAAGGGCCAGGGAUCGAAGCCCUAA